CACCUCCCCCCUCCCCUCCCCUCCCCUCCCCCGCCGAUCGAAAUCCGAUCGGAAAUGCGGCCCCCGCAGACCCCCAUUCCGCCGUGGGGGUCCAAAUCUCGCUGGUACAUGACGCCGACGCCGCUCAGCCCUUCCUUCUCACGACAUCCGUUCCAAGGCACCGCCGCCGCCGCCUCCGAGCAACCCUGCGUCACGCUGUUCGAGUGGUGGCUGGAGAGAGUGGAAGGGGAUGACCAGAAGGUCGCCGUCGCAGGGAAAUUUGAAAGUUAUCUGUUACUCGCUUCUGACAGGAAUCAAACAGUCUACGAAUUCGGUUCUGCAACCAUUGCAAAGCGCCACGAAGUUUGCGUUCUUGAAACUGAAGGUGGAAUUCUACUUCUCAUCUAUGGCACACUCAACCGUUCGCGGAUGCUAGCCGGCGGAUACUCAAGUGAGGUCUAUGAAAAGUUCAAGAUCGGAUUUCCAUACUGCUGGGAAUAUUGCAUCCAACUUUAUCCCAAGGUGGCACAAACAGGAUUGGAUAGUGCUAUAAAUGAAAAUGCUGCUGUCUCAAAUGAUGGCGGAGAAAGACAUGAAGCUGCAUGUAAUGAGGCGUAUAAUGUGGAAACAGACUUGAUUGCAUGCAGAGCUUUAAGAGAAAGAGAUGAUGGUGGCAUAGAUACUAAUGCAUCUUUAGUGCAUAUAGUGGAGUGUGCUAAUGAUGCUAGCAAUGAAGAGGCAGAUAAUGCUACACCCACAAUCACAUGCGAUCAGGGAAAAGCUCAGCAUGUUGCAUUGAGUAAGAAGGCAAAAGUAAAUGAAAAUGUGCCAACUUUUGUUUGUUUAGACAUGCAAAACUCCUCUGAUCUUCCUAAAGGAACACCAAGAUUUCAGGAAUACACUUGUGAUGGUGAUAUUGCAACAAAUGAAAAUGCUGCUGCCUCAAAUGAUGAUGGAGAAAAAGAUGAAGAUGAAUAUAAUGAUGUGAAUAAUGUGUUUGAGUGUGCUAAUGAUGCAAGUAAUGAAGAGGCAGACAAUCCUCCACCCACAAGCAAAAAGAGAGAUCUAGUGGUUCCAUUGAAGACUCAAGGUUGUGAAAAAACUCAGCACACAGCAAAGAGAGAUCCAGCACCUUCUUGUGUAAAACCACUAAUCAUGGUCUUACAGAAUCUCGAAUGUGCUAGCAAAGAGCCUUCAGGCCCACCAAAGAAGCAAAGGUCUGCACUUGAGAAGUUGCAGGGUGCUACAAGAUCUCCAUUCACCAGCCCUGUUCCAUAUGCCCGUGAGACUCCGCUUACUCGUGGUAGGGCCAUGUCAUUGUCAAUGUCCACACCUGAAGAUCUCAAACUGAGAAAAACCAGAUCGGGUCGUGUAGUUGUACCCACUUUGGAUGCAGGAUGCCAAAGGAUUGUCUAUGACAUGGACGGCACGAUUACUGGUGUCAUCGGUCUGGAUUCACCAUUGCCCAAAGGGAGCAAGCUGAAAACGGCGAGGAGGAAGAGAGAGGCUGAGCCACCAAGCAAGCUGAAAACGUAUGCAAGGAAGAAGAGAAGGGCUCAGUGAGCAAUUCUCCCAGACGUGAUUGGUAGGAUUUAGGACUUAAAAGGCUGCACGUGCAGGAGUUGGUUGGCUUUCGGUAGAUCUGUGCGAAAGCCUGUCUUGCCGCUGAUACUAGGCGUUGGCAUGGAUUGGUGAUGAAGGCUUGUUAAGCAUGUGCCUGUGUUACCAGUGCCAGUGCCACCUUUUGCUGCAAUUCUUGACCUGAGGCAGUAUCUAGUUUUACUACCUUGGCGUUCUGAACCUUAGUUGCCUGCCUGACUGGUGGUCAGUGGUGAUCUGGACGUGCUUUGGUUGCAGAAUGAGAUUCUGUUGCGUGCUCGGUACUCUUUACGAGAUCCAUGCCUGACUGA